AUGAGCUCGAGCAGCCCAACUCCCGUCAAGACUACUUCCACUCCUGUCAAGGGUACUUCCACCUACUCAGUUCCUCAGGAGACUACUACUCCUUGCGAGGAGGAGUCCACCUCGACGCACCCCGCGGUUCCUGUGACCACGAGCAGCCCAACUCCCGUCAAGGGCACUUCCACUUACUCAGUUCCUCAGGAGACCACUACUCCCUGCGAGGAGGAGUCCACCUCGACGCACCCCGCGGUUCCUGUGACCACGAGCAGCCCAACUCCCGUCAAGGGCACUUCCACUUACUCAGUUCCUCAGGAGACCACUACUCCCUGCGAGGAGGAGUCCACCUCGACGCACCCCGCGGUUCCUGUGACCACGAGCAGCCCAACUCCCGUCAAGGGCACUUCCACUUACUCAGUUCCUCAGGAGACCACUACUCCCUGCGAGGAGGAGACUACCUCGACUCACCCCGUGGUCCCCAUGAAGAUGACGUCUUUCCACCCAGCUCCCCCAGCUGAGACUACCACUCCUUGCGAGGAGGAGACUACCUCUACUCCUCACCCCGUGGUUCCCAUGACGACUCAGUCUCACCCAGCUCCCCCGGCUGAGACUACCACUCCUUGCGAGGAGGAGUCCACCUCGACUCCUCACCCCGUGGUCCCCAUGAAGAUGACGUCUUCCCACCCAGCUCCCCCAGCUGAGACUACCACCCCUUGCGAGGAAGAGUCCACCUCUACUCCCCACCCCGUGGUUCCCAUGACGACUCAGUCUCACCCAGCUCCCCCGGCUGAGACUACCACUCCUUGCGAGGAGGAGUCCACCUCGACUCCUCACCCCGUGGUCCCCAUGAAGAUGACGUCCUCUUACCCAGCUCCCCCGGCCGAGACCACCCCUUGCGAGGAGGAGACUACCUCAACUCCCCACCCCGUGGUCCCAGUGACGACAUAUGCUCCUCCCCCUCCCUAUGUGGAAACCCCUCCUGCUCCUGGCAAGCCCGCCUCGUCGGCCCCGCCAUCUUAUCCUCCUGCUGGAACUCCCCCUGCUCCUGGCAAGCCCGCCUCAUCGGCCCCACCAUCUUACCCUCCUGCUGGAACUCCUCCUGCCCCUGGCAAGCCCACUACCACUGCUACACCUUACAUCCCUGAAGCGAGCGCAUUUAUUGAUAUACGAUUUGUUCCAUUCGCGCAGCGAGCCAAAGGCCGAGUGCAGAGCGGCGGCAUUGGUGACAUGUGA